AUGGAUAAAAAUAAGGGCCAACGAUCAGUGGCACUAGGAGCCCUGUUUGCGCUCAUCACCCUCCUCAUCCUCUACAACUCCAACAGCGUCAAUGGCGUCUUCUCCUAUAGUUCUCUUCGAGGCUACUUCCACCGGCCACCCAACCUGAAGAAGUGGGCUACUGCCGACAGCUAUGUCCCAGUCCUUGGUAACAAGACACUGACCUCCCACUGUCACCAGUGUGUGAUCAUCACCAGCUCAAGUCAUCUUCUGGGCACAAAGCUGGGAGCAGAGAUCGAACGGGCAGAGUGUACCAUUCGCAUGAACGAUGCGCCCACCACAGGCUACGAGGUGGACGUGGGUAGCAAGACCACCUUUCGAGUUGUGGCUCACUCCAGCAUGGACCGUGUACUACAGAAGCCCCAAGAGUUUGUCAACAAGACCCCGGAAACUGUGUUCAUCUUCUGGGGACCUCCCAGCAAAAUGCAGAAACCCAAUGGCAGCCUGCUACGCGUCAUCCAGCGGGUGGGUCUUACUUUCCCCAACAUGGCCGCCUAUACCAUCUCGCCCGCUCACAUGGGUCAGUUUGAUGACCUCUUCCGGGGUGAGACUGGCAAGGACAGGGAGAAGUCUCGAUCCUGGCUGAGCACAGGCUGGUUUACCAUGGUAAUUGCUGUGGAGCUCUGUGACCAGGUUCAUGUUUAUGGGAUGGUACCACCCAACUAUUGCAGCCAGCAGCCCCAGCCCCACCCGAUGCCCUAUCACUACUACGAACCCGAGGGGCCAGAUGAAUGCGUCACCUACAUCGAGAAUGAGCAGAGUCGCAAGGGCAAUCACCACCGCUUCAUCACUGAGAAGAGGGUUUUCUCCUCCUGGUCUAGGGCCUACAACAUUACUUUCUCCCAUCCUUCCUGGACAUCAGGUCUCAGAGGGAGAGCAGCCCCAAAGGAGCUGGCGGGGAUAGAGUGGAUGUCCCUAGCUACUCAGUCUGCCGUCUUGUUGCAAGCAGCAAGAUGA